UUGUUUUUUGAAAUAAUAAAUAAACUUGAUUGAUGUGCAGCGAUUAGGUGUCCGUUGGGGAACUCCACAGACAGAUGUUGCAUUCGUUCCCAUCAUCACUUCACAUUCACAGAGUUUCUCUAUUCAUGGCAGCAUCAAAACCUCAACGCCUCUUCCAAAGGACCGACGUUCAGAGCUCACCAAAAAGGGCAAGAACCAUGGCCACUGCCACUACCACUACCACUGAGUCCGCCGCAAUGAGAGACUCUUUCGCCAAAUAUGCUCAAUAUCUCAACGACCUUAAUGAGAAACGAGAAAGAGUGGUCAAAGCGAGUCGUGAUGUAACAAUGAAUAGCAAAAAGGUCAUAUUUCAAGUGCACAGGAUGAGUAAAUACAAUAAAUUGGAGGUGCUUGAGAAAGCAGAAAAGGAUUUAGCAGCUGUGAGAGAUCAGCACAUAUCACGACUAGUCCGAGAAUUACAGGGAACAGAUUUUUGGAAGCUAAGACGAGCAUACUCACCUGGGAUACAGGAGUAUGUCGAAGCAGCUACAUUCUGCAGUUUCUGUACAAGUGGAACUCUUUUGAAGCUUGAUGAGAUAAAUAACACAUUGUUACCACUUAGUGAUUCUUCCCUUCAGCCUCUGCAGAUAAACAUCCUGGACUAUCUAUUAGGGCUUGCAGAUUUGACCGGAGAGCUGAUGCGCUUGGCAAUUGGUCGGAUUUCUGAUGGUGAAAUUCAAUUUGCUGAGAAGAUAUGCAGAUUUGUACGUGAUAUAUACAGGGAGCUUACACUUGUAGUGCCACAUAUGGAUGAUAGUUCUGAUAUGAAAACAAAGAUGGAUGUAAUGCUCCAAAGUGUCAUGAAAAUAGAGAAUGCUUGCUUUAGCGUUCAUGUGAGAGGAUCAGAGUAUACUGGACUUCUCGGAUCAGAUGAUCCAAACUCAUUCUUAGUGGGAGUUCCGGAUAUUGAACUAUGAGGUUUUUUCACACCCCAAUUACUGGUCUUUGACAAGAAGCAGGUUGACAAUGGUUCUUCUGUUUAGAGGGGCCUCUAGAUUAGUGUGAUGAGUUCUAAAAGAGCUUUAGUGGUGGAUCUCUCGAGUUCCACUGUUUUCUAAUCCAUGUGAUGUUUAGUAUUUUCCUUAUAUCUUUGAUUUAGUUUUAGCUAUUAGUCCUGAUCUUAUACAUGAUGAAUUUUAUACAUGAUGAAUCAUGCGAAUCCAUUUGACUCUGGAGUUGACUGUCAUUUCAAUUGUGAUGUACCCACCAAUUAACGAAUAUUUGAUGACAUAGAGCCUGUUUGAUAGCA